AUGGGUCUGAUGCGUUUGCUGCUCUCGCUUCCUCUCCUCCUCCUCUCUCACGGCUCGUCCGCUGCCACCUCGCAUGGCUCGUCCGCCGCCGCCGCCGCCCCUCCGCACGCGCUGCACCCGCUGCUCACUUCUUUGCGCAGCGUGCGCGAGCGGCUCACACGCCGGCGAAAGAAGCGAAUCCUGAUUCUGAUCUCCGACACCGGCGGCGGCCACCGCGCCUCGGCCCAGGCGCUCGCCGGGCUCAUAGGGAGGCAGCACGGCGAAUCGAUCGAGGCGAGUGUCUCCCUGCCCUCCGCCCUCCGCCCUCCGCCCGCCGCCCUCCACCGCCCAUGCCCUGCGCUCAGGAUGGUGUCGCAAUAUCGGUACAUGCAGUCUCGGCCGCUCCUGUGGGGCACCAUGUACCGGACCUCCGCGUUCCCGCCCACCCGCUUCCUCUUCAACUCAGCGCAGCGGCUGCUCGCCAAGAGCGGCAUCCGUGCGUGCAUCGCGCAGCACGAGCCAGACCUUGUCAUCUCGAUGCACCCGCUCUGCCAGACCGUGCCGCUGCAGGCACUCGCCUCGCUCGCCCACGAUGGCCCCUCCCCCUCCUCCGUCGCGUCGCCGCCGCGGCGUGGCAUCAGAGUGCGCUGGAGGCCCCGCCGGCGCGCCGGCGUGAGCGGCGGCGAAGCGCGCGGACGGGUGCCGUUUGUGACGGUGGUGACGGACCUGGGCGCGGCGCACCCGCUGUGGCUGCACCCCGGGGUCGACCUCUGCUUCGUCCCCUCCUCCUCGUUUGUCCGCGCCGCCAAGAGCAAGGGGCUCACCGACGCCCAGCUGCGACUCCACGGGCUGCCGGUGCGGCACGACUUUGCGGUGCAGCGGCGGCGCGGCGCGGCGGCGCGGCGCGAGCUCGGCAAACGGGGCGAGCCGGUGCAGCUCGUCGUCAUCUGCGGCCGGAACGCGCGGCUGCAGCAGCAGCUCCGUGAGACGGAGUGGGCGCCGUCGAUUCACGUCGUUGUCGAGGGCUUCGUCACGCGCAUGUCCGAGUUCAUGGCCGCCGCAGAUUGCCUGAUCACCAAGGCUGGGCCGGGCACGAUUGCCGAGGCGUCCAUCUGCGGGCUGCCCGUCAUGCUCUCGGGGCGCGCCGCAUCUCUCGGCCCGUUGCACCUCCCAGGCCAAGAGACGGGCAACGUGCGCCACGUGCUCUCCAACGGAUUUGGCGCUUACUCGCGCAACCCGCGCACUAUCGCGGCGACCGUCUCUCGCUGGCUCUCGUCGCCCUCAGAGCUGCAGACGCUGUCGCGCAACGCUCGGGCAGCGUCGCGACCGGGCGCGACGGCCGACAUCGUGCGGGACGUGUUGCGGCUGCUGGAGGAUCGACUCGAGGAGGGCGGGCAGGGGGCGGUGGCAACAGUGGAGGACUUUUGGCGCGCGUGGAACAAUAUCCCGAAGCCCUCAGAGAUCUUCUACGACGGCAGGACGCGCAAGAAGUUCGCGUCGCGCACCGUCGAGGCGUUCUCCGUCUUCAAGAAAAACAUCAAGCCCGAGUGGGAGGACCCCGCGAACCGGUCUGGAGCGGAGUGGUACUGCCGAAGGGCCUUCACGAUGCCACAGCUCGACGAAUUUUGGCUCCACAUCGUCCUGGGCAUGAUUGGAGAGACGCUUGACGCCGGCGACGAAAUUUGCGGCGCGCGCGUGGUCGACAAGUCGGUCAACGGGCGGACGAUGUACCGGCUAGAGCUGUGGUUCCGCAAGAACGACGACGCUCUCUCCAAGGAGCUGCUCGCCAAGAUGCAGGAGGCGUUGGGCAAGGGCGCGCAGACUUGCAAGUGGGACCUGCGUUCGCACUAGAGCAGACGAGCUUCUCCUUCUCUGCACUUUAUGCUGCUGAGCCCAGCCUGCCGCUCUCGCGCCUCAGGGUGCCGCACGCCGGUUAGUGCAGGCGCGGCUUUUUCUAUACGGUAAAGGUUUUCGGUAUACAUGUA